GUGGCCAUGUCUGCCAAAGCAAUUUCUGAGCAGACAGGGAAAGAGUUCUUGUAUAAAUAUAUUUGCACAUCUUCGGCCAUCCAGAACCGCUUCAAAUAUGCCCGAGUAACUCCUGAUACUGACUGGGACCGGCUAAUCCAAGAUCACCCAUGGCUGUUGACUGAGCGUCUUGUGGUGAAGCCUGAUCAGCUGAUAAAACGACGUGGCAAACUGGGUUUGGUGGGUGUGAACCUGGACUUGGAUCAAGUGAAGGCCUGGCUAAAGCCACGUCUUGGACAAGAAACCACAAUUGCUAAAGCUAACGGCAUCUUGAAGAAUUUCUUGAUAGAACCUUUUGUUCCACACAAGCAGACAGAGGAGUUCUAUGUAUGCAUUUAUGCAGCUCGUGAAGGAGACUAUGUACUGUUCCACCAUGAGGGUGGAGUGGAUGUUGGGGACGUUGAUGCCAAGGCUCAGAAGCUGCUGGUGCGCGUGGAUGAGAAGCUGUACGAAUCGGAUAUCAAGAAGCAUCUAUUGGUGCAUGUUCCGCAGGAUAAGCGAGACAUUUUGGCAAGCUUCAUCUUGGGCUUAUUCAACCUUUAUGAAGAUUUAUAUUUUACAUACCUGGAAAUCAAUCCACUAGUUGUAACUGCCGGUGGUGUUUACAUACUGGACCUGGCUGCAAAGAUUGAUGCGACGGCUGAUUACAUCUGCAAAGGGAAAUGGGGCGAUGUGGAAUUUCCCCCUCCUUUUGGAAGAGAGGCUUACCCAGAGGAAGCCUAUAUUGCUGACUUAGAUGCCAAGAGUGGAGCCAGCUUGAAGUUGACUAUUUUGAAUCCCAAGGGCAGAAUUUGGACAAUGGUUGCUGGAGGUGGUGCGUCUGUGGUAUACAGUGAUACCAUCUGUGACCUUGGUGGAGUAGAUGAACUGGCUAAUUAUGGCGAAUACUCUGGAGCACCAAGUGAGCAACAGACCUAUGACUAUGCCAAGACCAUCCUCUCUCUCAUGACACGGGAGAAGCAUGCAGAAGGAAAAAUCCUCAUCAUCGGAGGGAGCAUUGCUAAUUUUACUAAUGUAGCUGCAACAUUUAAGGGCAUUGUUAGGGCCAUUAAGGAUUAUCAAGGCCCUCUGAAAGAGCAUGAGGUGAGGAUCUUUGUGAGAAGAGGAGGGCCUAACUACCAGGAAGGCUUGCGUGUCAUGGGGGAAGUAGGAAAAACUACUGGCAUUCCCAUUCACGUUUUUGGUACAGAGACCCACAUGACUGCCAUUGUUGGCAUGGCUCUGGGACACCGGCCAAUCCCAAACCAGCCUCCUACUGCAGCCCACACAGCAAACUUUCUCCUUAACGCCAGUGGUAGCUCCUCGACGCCAGCACCGAGCAGGACGGCGUCUUUUUCCGAGUGUCGACCAGAUGAUCUGGCUCCGGCUAAGAAGGCAAAGCAGGCAGCACCCACAGAUGCCUCCCCAUCUUCGAGACCUGUUCAAGGCAAAGCCACAACUUUGUUCAGCCGUCACACCAAGGCAAUUGUUUGGGGGAUGCAGACUCGGGCUGUGCAAGGCAUGCUGGAUUUUGACUACGUUUGCUCCAGGGAUGAACCUUCCGUGGCAGCCAUGGUGUAUCCAUUCACUGGUGACCACAAACAAAAGUUCUACUGGGGCCACAAAGAGAUACUUAUCCCUGUCUUCAAGAAUAUGGCAGAUGCCAUGAAGAAGCACCCAGAAGUUGAUGUGCUGAUAAACUUUGCAUCCCUCCGCUCAGCUUAUGACAGCACUGUGGAGACCAUGCAUUACCCACAGGUCCGUGGAGUGGACGUGGGUGGAAUCAAGCCAGGCUGCUUUAAGAUUGGAAAUACAGGUGGAAUGCUGGACAACAUCCUGGCGUCAAAGCUCUACCGCCCUGGCAGUGUUGCCUAUGUCUCCCGGUCAGGAGGAAUGUCCAAUGAGCUCAACAACAUCAUCUCCAGGACUACAGAUGGAGUCUUUGAAGGGGUAGCCAUUGGUGGGGACAGAUAUCCUGGUUCUACAUUUAUGGACCAUGUUUUACGUUACCAAGACACUCCAGGAGUGAAAAUGAUUGUGGUCCUAGGAGAAAUUGGAGGAACAGAAGAGUACAAGAUUUGCAGGGGUGUCAAAGAAGGCCGGAUCACGAAGCCUGUUGUCUGCUGGUGCAUUGGGACGUGUGCCACCAUGUUCUCUUCAGAGGUACAGUUUGGUCAUGCUGGAGCUUGUGCCAAUCAAGCAUCUGAAACUGCUGUGGCUAAGAACAAAGCGCUGAAAGAAGUGGGUGUCUUUGUCCCCCAGAGUUUUGAUGAGCUGGGUGACGUGAUCCAGUCAGUAUAUGAGGAUCUUGUUGCCAAUGGAGUCAUUGAGCCAGCCCAGGAAGUUCCUCCCCCGACUGUGCCCAUGGACUACUCAUGGGCAAGGGAACUUGGCUUAAUCCGGAAACCAGCUUCAUUUAUGACUAGCAUCUGUGAUGAGAGGGGUCAAGAAUUGAUCUAUGCCGGCAUGCCCAUUACUGAGGUGUUCAAGGAAGAGAUGGGAAUUGGUGGUGUGCUGGGUCUGUUGUGGUUCCAGAGAAGGUUACCCAAAUAUGCCUGCCAUUUCAUAGAAAUGUGUUUGAUGGUGACAGCAGAUCAUGGUCCAGCAGUAUCAGGAGCCCAUAACACGAUUGUUUGUGCAAGGGCCGGGAAGGACCUUGUCUCCAGUCUCACCUCCGGCCUGCUCACAAUUGGAGAUCGGUUUGGUGGUGCUCUGGACGCAGCAGCAAAGAUGUUCAGCAAAGCGUUUGACAGUGGCAUCAUUCCUAUGGAGUUUGUGAACAAGAUGAAGAAAGAAGGGAAGCUGAUCAUGGGCAUUGGCCACCGGGUCAAAUCGAUCAAUAACCCUGAUAUGAGGGUUCAGAUCCUCAAGGAUUAUGUGAAACAGCAUUUCCCUGCAACACCUCUUCUAGACUAUGCACUAGAAGUGGAAAAGAUUACUACUUCUAAGAAACCUAACCUCAUCCUGAAUGUAGAUGGAUUUAUUGGCGUGGCCUUUGUUGAUGUUCUCAGGAACUGUGGCUCCUUUACACGGGAAGAAGCUGAUGAAUAUAUUGACAUUGGUGCUCUCAAUGGCAUCUUUGUGCUUGGCAGAAGUAUGGGAUUCAUUGGACAUUAUCUGGACCAGAAGAGGUUGAAGCAAGGUCUGUACCGUCACCCUUGGGAUGAUAUCUCCUAUGUUCUGCCGGAACAUAUGACUAUGUGACAGCUGAAGGAAGCAAAAUGAGUUGCCUUCAUAGAAGGCCAACAAAGGGCAUGACUGCGUUGUAUGCCCUGGCUGCUGAGGUAUAGGAAGUCAAGGACUGAUAGGCUGAAAUUCUACCCCAGGCAGCCUUUUAGAGGCCUAGAUCCUAUAAAUAAUGAUAAACCAAAACCUGUUGCUAUUACCUGCUGUAUUUAAUAUAUAAAAGCAGUUGCACAGCCUUUGCUUUUUACUUCUCUCUGUGUGUUGAUUGCUUGUGUUUUCUUUUCUCUCCCCACCCUAAGUUUUCUGCAGUGUUUUCUGGCCAAAUUUUAAUGUUUUUAUUUUCAUCCAUGACCUCAUUAGACUUGAAGAACCAGAGGCGUUGAGCCUCCUUUACCCACAUCUUGAAGAACAUUGUUUUCACAAGCUGUAUAAUUCUGUGAUACAUUUGCCCCCCUCUGUAUGUUCCUCUUCACAGUCAGAUUGUAUUUCUGUGCAGCAGCACUACUGCUGAUUUAAUAAGCCAUUCCAGGUCUGGUGUCGUGAUUUUAAAAUGUAAACUGGUAACAUAAGCUCUUGUUCAAAACUGUGAAAUUUGCAAGCAUUCCAGUUUCUGUAUUUAAGCAGCUAAUAUUUUUACUUCACAUCAAAAAUACCUGAAAGAGAAAACAGUUCAUGCAAAGCCUAGUCUCUGGAGUCUUGCUGUGUACACAAGAUACUUCACUGUUUGGGCUUCUAAUAUAUCCAAAAGAAUAAUCACCUCUUAUCUGUGUAUUAUAACCUGUCUCAAAUAAAUAGUACCAUAAUAAA